ACGAAAAGUAGCCGGCGGUAAAAGUUCAAGUAGCCGGCGGAACUCCGCCGGCCGCCGGCUUAUUCUGAAACCCCUGACCUCUGGCUUUUGUUUUUACACUAAAUCUUGUAAUUUCCUGAAAAUACAGUACCUAUAUACUUCAAAAAUACAGGGUUAUGGUGAUAAAUAUUUAUUGCCGAUAGAACUAAUGUUACAUAUAUGGUCGAAAAAUUCACAACGCUACUAUAUUUCACAAACUUCGAUUUUGUCAGACUGUCGACCUGUGGCAUCUAUAUUUUGCCGAUUACAUACAAUAAUAUUAUGCUUCAAACAUGGAUGUUGAAAUUUAUUGCUGAUAGUACAGUCUUGCCUUCGAACAUUUUAUUAAGCAAGGUUGUGCUACGUUCAGUAUCUGGAUCUGAAAUCUAAAGACCUGUUUACACAGUCGGUAUGCUCAGUUUAGGUACCCGUGCCAUUUUUAAUUAUGUGCCUAAUUACAAAGGCUAGACACAGAUAAAUUUGGUGCGGGUACCAGUUUUAACAGUGUCGUACCCAAAAUUGAGCGUAGUGUAAACGGGGUUUAAAUGUGCAAAAUUACCUUUUCUCCAGAUACUCAUAAAAAUAGGUAAGCUAAGCGUACAUGUAUUUGCGCAAAGAGGUUACUGUGAAAAACUGCAUUCACAUUUUACUGCCCCCUUCUCCCACCUGAAUAAUGUAGAUGGCACGGAAAAAUUGAAAUCGUUACCUACAAUAUUAUAUGAUAGCAUAUUAGAUGAUUGCAUGAUUGUUAAGCAGACCUACCCCCCCCCCCCCAGGCCUGCACAACCUCAGUCGAAACAGUUUACAGGUACCUUGCUCCCUGGUCAACUUCGAGAAUCAUUUUGAUCACAUCAAAAGUUAAUAAAACGUUUCAAUAGACAAUUCCCAUUACAGACUAAUUUUAAAACUAGGCCAGGAGAUGCAAGUAAAUCACCACAGCUACAAAGAGCAUACAAAAGUGAGUAAAAUUGCAAAGUUUGGUUGCGAAAUGUUGCAAAAUGCGGAAAAUAUAGCCUUACAAAGUUUGCAAAUUUUGUAUACUUUUGAUAGCAAUUUCCGCACGCAAUAUUUUCCUCAUUUUACAGCAUUUCGCGACCAAACAUUCCCAUUUUACUCAUUUUUGUGUGCUCUUUCUAGCUGUGGUGAUUUAUUUGCAUCUCCUUGUCCAUAGUUUUAAAAUUAGUUUAUAAUGGAAAUUGUCUAUUACUUACUAAAAAACUCUUUCAAAUUCGAAAUACAAAAAAAACCCAUGAAAAUGCGUUGGCUAUGAUGCUUGAUUCCCAUCGUAAAAUUUUCAAAAAACGGCCAUAAUUACAAUCCGCACUCAUUUCUUGUCAGACAAUGAAAUAAAUAAUUUAUUUCAUGAUUGACUAGAAGUUAACAACAGUAAUCCAAAUAAUUACUCGCAUCGUAACAAUAUAUCUGCAUGCCCAGAUAAAAGAAAAAAGGUGCGGACAAAAAUGUCCCAAAAUAUAAUAAUUUCCUCCAGGGUUAUAUAUUAAUGAAGUGAAAAAUUUCAUUUAAUUAUCUUAAUACUGUUUCAUAAAUUUGAAAUCUAGGACACUGGCAGAUUUUUGUUCACUUAAUGGAAAACUCUGAAAGCUCAGCCAACACUACAACACCCUAUCCUGAAACUCUUGAUAGAAAAGGAAACAGUCUUUAUCAUUUGGUGGCGUCUGGCGAAAGAAUGUGGCAUCAUACAGUUGAAGGAGCAGAUCUUCUUAGGAAGUACAAGGUUGACCCAACAACAAGGAACAAAGACGGAAAGACUCCAUUAAUGAUGAUACGUCUGAGCAGUGACCCCAGGUAUCGCUUGAUUGACGAAAGUGUUAAAAGCUUUGCACCAGAUAAUCCUAAGAAAAAGAAGAAACGCAAAAAGAAAAAGAAAAGCAACGAGAAAAUUGCCAUGCCGACUCCAAGCAAAUGCAAGAAAGAUAAAGAUAAAGAUGUGAACCAUGUUAUACCAAGCGUCGAGGAAAACCCAGCUCCUUCAGUGCAUUGUCCAACCGAGAUUGAAAAAUUACGUGAAAAGAUUUCCCAAGCUAUCGAACGUUUGGAAAUUAAAAGUGCAAAUGAAACGAAACAAUCAGAGCGCAGUGAAGUUAAGGAAACGGGUGAAAUUGAUCAGAAUAUUGCCACCAAUAGCAAUGAAACUAUUUCUCCUGAAGAGUUGAUCGUCAACACGUUGGCAACCGAGGACGAAGUGGUUGAAGAUAAAAGACCUCUUCCAGCGCAAAGUUUUAAUGUUGAUCAUGAAGAUUAUGAAGAGGUAAAUGAUGAUGUGGAUGAUGAUGAUGUGUGUGACGACAUGCUUGAUAAUCUAACAUGGGAAGUGGAAUGCACCUCUGAAGUGUGGAAAAAACUCAAGAACAAAAAGUUACCAUGUGACAAGAAGAGGCAAAUUGUGAGAAUAAUCCGACAAUUGGCAAAUGGACAAAUGCGAGGAAGCCGAGCCAAACGAUUGGUAAUUGCUAAGGAAUCAAAAAUACGUUUGUUUGAAGCGAAACUUGAUAAAUCAGCUCGUAUUUUAUGGGAACGGGCGAUCGCUUUCUCCCCUCGUUGCAGCGCCUUAUCAGAUAACAAAAAUGAAAAUGGAGGUGGAAUUUAUACCGAAGUAAUUAGAAUUUGGGACAUUGUAUUCGACCAUGACACAGUGCCUAGGAAGAUCGAGAAAAUUGUUCGCUCCUAUAAUCGUGGUACGAGUUGUUUCAUCAAGAAGAAUCUUAAAGGGAUCCCAGUCGAUAGUUCAUCAAUGUCAAAAAAUAAUGAUCAAGAUUGUAUACCUAAAAUAUACGUCACGAGAGAGGAUAACGACCAACAGGUUGAGGAAAGUAAAAAACCGUGUAGAUCUACUGAAUUGUCUAAGAUGUUCUUUCCACCUGGAAGCCCGGAAGAAACUGAGUAUCACAUACUUAAGUUUUACGCAUUCUCCAACGCCAUGGUUAACGCUAUGCUUGAUAAUCAAACUAAGACAAGUUUUGAUUUUCCUUUUCGUGUAUCUGAACUGGAACACUCUGUUAUUAAUCUGGCACCAAAACGAACGACCUCAAUUCUCCUGCUUGGACGUAGUGGAACAGGAAAAACAACAUGUUGUCUUUAUCGUUUGUGGAAUAAUUAUCAAACAUAUUGGCAGCGGAACACGCUCGAUGAACCUAGUAUUCCAAAUGUUGCACAAUUUAUUCCACGAGGGACCGAUGUAAUCCCUGAUGCUGAAAGCGAAGAAGAAGGUGGGAAUGAAGCGUCCGUGCGUGAAGAAAGAAGUAGUACCUCGUCGCACGAUGCCAUAGAAGAUGAUCAAGGCUGCUCAAGCUCUAGUUUACAGCAAAAUUCCAGGCCACCAAUGGAACAAGGUGCUAACCAAAGCGAUGAAAUUGAGGAUGUACCGGCUGCUGGGAGCGAACAAACUUUAGAACAUCUUCAUCAAGCAUUUAUCACAAAGAACGCGGUGUUGUGUAAAGAAGUUCAGAAGAAUUUCAUCGAGUUAAGUCAGGCAUGUUUUACAACACAAAAUCAUGUUGACAAUCAGCAAUCCUCGUCAGUUUACAAAUUUGAUCAACUUGAAGAACAAGCAUGGCCUUUGUUUAUUUGUUCUCGUGACUGGCUGUUAAUGUUAGAUGCAUCCUUGCCUGGUAAACCGUUCUUCCCGAGAGACGAAGAUGGCAAAUUGGAAAGAUCUGUCAAAGGUUGGGGUGAAGAAGAUAACAAUCUGCAAGAAAUACCAGUAGACUAUUCCGAAGAUGAAGAUGAAGACGAUGAAGAAAUUGAAAGCAAGCCCACGGCAGAUCGCGAGCUUAUAGCAGAAGGUGAAGCGGAUCUUCGACGGGAAAUUACGUAUCAAGUGUUCAAGAAUGAGCUGUGGCGGAAAAUGACAAAGAAAAAGAAAGUGGAUUAUCAUCCUAGUCUUGUGUGGACAGAGAUAAUAUCGUUCAUUAAAGGAUCUGUCGAAGCACUUCAUAGUGACAGUGGUUACAUAACGUUGGAAGAAUAUCAGACCAUAGGAAACAAGAGGGCACCAAGUUUUACUGCGGAUCGAGAAACUAUCUAUGAAUUGUUUUUGGCUUACCAACGCAUUAAACGCCGUGAGGGUAUGUUCGAUGAAGCCGACGUGGUUCACAACAUUUAUCAUCGCCUCGAACAUCACGUCCCAGCAUGGUCUAUUCACGAGAUUUAUGUGGAUGAGACACAAGACUUCACUCAAGCUGAGCUGUCUGUUAUCAUUCGUUCAUGUCGUAAUCCUAAUAGAUUAUUCUUUACUGGAGAUACUGCUCAGAGUAUUAUGAGAGGAAUUGCCUUCCGCUUCAGUGAUCUCAGAUCCCUAUUCUACUAUAUGAAAGAAUCUGUUAAAUCUGUUGGCCAAGAAGCAGAAGUCGUUGUUCCUGACAGAGUUUACGAACUCACUCACAAUUAUCGAUCUCAUGCUGGUAUCUUGAACUUAGCUUCAAGUGUCACUGAUUUGUUAUCUCACUUUUUCCCCGAGUCGUUUGAUAAAUUGGCGCGUGACCAGGGAUUGUUUGAAGGUCCUAAACCAGUCCUUUUGGAGUCGUGUAGUUUCAGUGAUCUCGCUGUAAUUCUUCGUGGUCACAAGAGGAAAACUUCACCAAUAGAAUUUGGCGCUCAUCAAGUCAUUCUUGUUGCUUCUGAUGAAGUUCGAGAUUCACUUCCUGAAGAACUGAGUCUUGCUCUGGUCAUGACCAUUUAUGAAGCAAAGGGUUUAGAAUUUGACGACGUAUUGAUAUACAACUUUUUCAAAGACUCGCAGGUAAGAAUGUCAAUAUGUAAGGUCGUGCAUUAAUUAAUAUUCAGAUUGAGCAAUACUCAUGAAGUAUUCAGGCUGAGCAAUAGUCAUUAAAUAUUCAGAGCGAGCAACAGUCAUUAUAUAUUGGGGAUGAGCAACAGUCAUCAGAGUGUGCAAAGACCAACAACGCGGAAAAACGUCUGCGCAUGCCUGUGUACUAGAAAAAAUGGCGGGGAAUUUAAAUGUCAAAUUGUAAACAAAAACAUGGCCAUUUAAUUAUUUAAGGUAAGUGAAACAAAGAAAAAAUACACUAGAUGGGUAGUUUAGACAUUAAUAAAAAGUUUUCUAACAUUUAAAAUAAAAAAAGAAACAUCGUUUUAGACCGGGAGGCGUGUGAACAGUUCUUGAAAAAUUGUCGUAUACCGAAUUUAAGACACAAGAGUUGAGCAAAUUAUCAAAGAGUUAACCAUUUGCACAUGCUUAAAUUGUAGAGAAAAUCAUUACCCUUAAACCUAGUCAACGCAAAAAUUGUACAUGCUACGCAAAAAGUUAUUGUGAAAAAUGUGGAUCAUAUGAACCUACGAAAAAAUCUUUGUAUGGUUCAGUUAAAGGGCAUGAUCAACCACAAUGCAAUGCGCGCUUUUGUUGACGUAAUAGAACGUAACAGAAACGUAAACAAACGUACGCAUUGCAUUCCCCUUCAUGCUCCUUUAAUUAAUUAAAGAACUUUUUAUACAAUAAAUUUAUCGACAGUCACUUUUGGUUCAUUUUCUUGCAUAAUACUACAGUACUUCUUGCACAUGUAGACUGUAAUCCCCGAGCCGUUCCGGGCGUAAGGCCGGGGCGAGGGUACUAAUUCCGCCCGGCUAUUUACCAUCGGGGGAAGGAAAGCAUUAGUGAAGUCUAAAUAAAGUUCAUCAAUGAUCGCGGGCGUUGUUGAAGCCAUGGCUUUAGAACACCGUAUUUGUAAUGAAAUCACUCUUCAGUUUCACGUUUAUUAGUGUGAAGUUUCUUCGAAACUUCACUAUACAAUUACUUUAUGGUUUCCGUGUUUGGAUGGCCUGAUCCAAACACGCGGGAAUGUUGCGAGAGUUAAGAAAAGCGCGCGAAACACGAGCCGAAGGCGAGUGAUUUUGCACGCUUUUCUUAACUCGAGCAACAUUCCCAAGUGUUUGGAUCAGGCCAUCCAAACACCGAAACCAUAAAGUAAUUGUUUUAUAAAAUAACAACUUUCCGUGUUAAAAUUUCACUUUAAAAAACUUUCACUUUAAAUUUCCGUGUUUGGAUGGCCUGAUCCAAACACGGGUUUCGACCAAUCAGAGCACGCGUUAUAUACAUGUUAUUUUAUAAAGUAUUGUGAUGACUGGGGGAAAUUCAAACUUAAAAGUCGUUCAGUCAUACAGUAAACUUUCCGGGGGGUGUAUACGAUAUAUGUUCGCAGUGAUUUAUCGUACUUAGUGCUUUGAAGGUUAUUUAGGCAAUUUCAGUUGUCUUAUUUAAAUAUUCUUUUGCCAAGUUUACAAAAAAUUCGAGGAAUUGUUGUCGUUAUUGUAAAUUUUAUAACAUUCGCUUCUCAUGUUGUGUAAAAGGAUCUUUACCCCGGAACACCCGAUUUUUUCUUUAGCAGCGCAAAUGCACAUGCGCUAUCAAGCCGUAGAUCACAAUGGCGUGACGAUGCUAGGAAGGAGCGAGACAGUGUUGUUUUGAAAUGUAUAAACAUUUCAGAUGUGAAUAUUGAGUAAAUCUUCGAGAAUCUACGCAAUAUAUAACGCAAUUGUUUGGUACCUAACUAUUAAUGACAUAAUUAACGAUAGAGACAUGAAAUUAUGGAAAUCUAUCACGGAUAAUUCGAACCAUUGCCCAUAUGACUUGCUUCCACCAGAAAGAACAAGGCAAUUGCGAAACCGUGGACAUAAUUACAUUUUACCACGUAUACGCACUGAGCGUUUUAAGAGUAGUUUUGUAAACGGGUGUCUUUUUAAAUUUAUUUAAAAUUGUAUCAAAUGUAUAUACUAUAUAAGAAUCGGUCAAUGUUGUAAACUCGCACGUUUUGUUGCGCAGUAUGACUUUAAAUAAAGACUUCUAUCUAAAUUGAUGUUAUGCAAGUGCCGAUAUUAUUUAGACGGUAUAUUCAUUUUACAGAGCUAGCAAGGAGCUAGGACAGUGCUUUUUUUCAAGUAGUCUAGGACCUGUAUAUGAGUUUGUAUGCGUUUCAUUUAGCACAGGUAAUCAAAACUGUUUUAGGGUAAAAUGACCAUGGCGGUCAACAUGGCAUAUGUGCCAAAAGCUGAAUCCGGGACGAAAGUCCUGAAAACGACCCCGCCCUGAAACGGCAGUGUCGACAUAGCUCUAACUUCAGAAAACAAAAAGCGAUAGUCUUUCUGAAGUGCUUAUAGUGUUUAGAAGGGUUGCUUUUAGGGGUGGUCAUUGGAAGAAAAAAAUUGUCAAAGUAUAAUAUUUUACAAGAAAAUGACCAUGCACCACCCCAACCGUAAAGGACAUUUCAGAUUUUAUCGAAGCCAGAGCGAGAGUAGCAAACCAUCCUAUUUUCGGGAAAAUAUCCAGUGACGGCAGACGGAACGAUUCUCCAAACCCAAGAAAGCAACCCUUCAAUGUUAAAAACUACGCAACGUUUGGCGAACAAAUCCCACCUACAACAUUUAACAAGAACGUGAAGUGUCCAUCCUGCGAUAAGAAUCAUUGGCUUUCACAAUGCGACACGUUCAAGAGGAUGAAAGUCGACGAUCGAUACAAGUUUGUCCGUGCGAAAGGACUUUGUGUUAAUUGUUUGGUACCUGGUCACUUCGUGCGGGAUUGUCCUAAGAAGAGUUUUGCUAAUUAUGCAUAAAAUAACUAAUAUGCCUGGCAGAAAUUAAAUAUUCUUAUUUCCUAAAAAAAAUUAUCAUGGGGUGAAAAACUAUGCUUAAUUUAAUAUAAAUAUUGUUGAUAUCAUAAGGAUUGUCAUUGUUUUCUUUAAAUAUAAUACAUUUUAUUUCACUUACCCCCCACGAAAACACGAUUUCAGCCAUACUUUGCCGUCUUGUUUGCUUUUUAUCGCCGAGUCUCGCAAAUAUCAUCCAGUUGUU